CUUGAAUUAUGAAUCCACAAAACCAAAAGUAUGACCGACAGCUACGACUCUGGCAAGCUCAUGGACAGAAAUGCCUUGAAAUGUCUCAUAUUUGUUUGCUGAAUGGCUCUGUUGUUGGUGCAGAAGCUCUUAAAAAUUUAAUUCUUCCAAGUAUUGGCUCCUUUACUGUUGUUGAUGAUCAGAUUGUGACUGGAGCACAUGCUGGCAGUAACUUUUUUUUAGAUCAAGAGUCUAUUGGAAAGUACCGCAGCGAGGCUUUGGUUCGCUUACUUGGAGAAUUAAACCAAGAUGUCGUUGGAAAAUCAAUCAUUAAAGAUCCUUUAGAAAUUAUUUCUAGCUCUCCAGAAUUUUUCGGAAAUUUUACAAUGGUUGUGGCAACUGAGCUUUCCGAAACUGGCAUACACAAAUUGGCUAAAAUAUGCUGGAGUUUAAAUGUGCCCUUGAUCGUGGCCAGGUCAUACGGCUUUUUCGGAUAUUGCAGAUUUGUAAAGCCUGAACAUACAGUUAUUGAGAGUCAUGCUGCAGCUGGAUCUGACUAUCGGCUUGAUAGUCCAUUUCCUACUUUAGUGGACUAUGUAAAUGGCAUUGAUAUUGCAUCAAUGGAUAGUAUGAGUGUUAGUCAUAUUCCUUGUGUCGUUCUAGUUUUAAAGGCACUACUAAAAUGGAGAUCAAUGAAUGACGGAGCGCUUCCAAAAACAUCUGCAGAAAAAGCUCAGUUUCGUCAGGACAUAUCUGCAUUCAAGCAUCCUAAUGCAAUUGAUGAUGAAAAUAUCACAGAGGCUCUUGCAAUUGCUUACAAAGCAUUUUCAACAACCACGAUCCCAUCUGACAUUACUGCUAUUCUUGACGAUCCAGCUGCCACCAAUCUUUCUAAAAACUCGUCUGAUUUUUGGAUACUGGUCGCUGCUCUUAAACGGUUUAUCAAUGCUGAAGGAAAUGGCCAAUUGCCUGUGUCUGGUGUUGUUCCUGACAUGAAAGCAGAUACGGAGUCGUUUGUAAAACUACAGCAAAUCUAUCGCAGCAAGGCUCGUGAGGAUCAAGCUCAAUUACGAGUUCAUCUUGAUGCUAUCUUGACUAUGCUUGGGCGUGUCCCUGAAAGUAUUUGUAACGAUCAAGUUGAAUUGUUUUGCAAAAAUGCAUCGUCGCUGCACGUAAUGCGAUACCGUUCCAUUGAACAGGAAUAUACAGACAAAUAUUCAGAGGGAUUUCCAGACAAUGAAAACAUGGCAUACUACUGGCUUUUGCGUGCUGUAGAUCAUUUUCAAGAGCUUUAUGGAGACUAUCCAGGUGCUCAAAAGGAAACUAUUGAUGCAGAUGUCAUGGUACUGGAGACUAUUGCACGAGAUUUUUGCAAAGAAUACCAGAUAGACGACUCGAUUAUUUCACCCGAUCAUGUUCAUGAAGUAGUGCGUGCAGGUGCCUGUGAGCUCCACAAUAUUGCGUCGAUUGUUGGCGGUAUAGUUGCUCAAGAAGCCAUCAAGUUACUGACAAGUCAAUAUAUUCCAGUAAACAACACUGUCAUUUUCAAUGGCAUUCAAUCCACGAUCCUGACAUUCAAAUGCUAAAUGGGGUUGCACUACAAGGUCUACAUCAUGGCUCGGGUUUACAGCUUAUUCCAAGGUGUUCAAGAUUUUAAAUGUUCACAUAAAAUUCAUUCCAAUACC